GUGUUGAGGCGCGGCACCGAUGCUGGGUUGCGUGCUGUCCGCCUUGCAAAAUCGUCGCAUCGCCCGCCAUAAGCGAACGGCUUCUCUUCUGCCUAUGCCGACUCCAGCCUAGCUUCUUCUUCUGCUCUUGUCCUACCUGGGGACACAAACCACUACUUCUCUCUUUCCUCUGCCCAAAUUCCUCGCCCUCGAGGCAUUCACCCAUCCUGUCCUCCUCGUCGCUCUGCUCACGCCCCGAGCCUCGCCCCCCGUUGACGCUCAACCAUGACCGCGUUCCCGCCGAGCAGUCACCUAGCUCCCGAGCUCGUCGACAACCCCCACCACGACCUUUCUCCACCACGGCACCGCCAGCAAGGCCCCUUCUCUCACCAGUUGACCUCGCCGAGUCCAUCUUUCUCCGCGCUCGCCAAACCGAAUCCUCAAAGAGUUUCGCAUCGUGCCUCCCAGGACCUGAGACUUCCGUCUGCGAACGGCAACAUGGCUGGCGCAAACGGCAACGGUCCCGUGCCCGUCCCAGGCGGGCCGCAUAGUCGCAUGGGCAACGGACACGGGCAUGGAGCGGCAAACUUGCGCGGCUUGGGAUUCGAGGGGCAACGGAGUCCGCCGAACAAUAAGAGUACCUCGCAUGUCCCGUGCAAGUUCUACCGACAAGGCGCGUGUCAGGCGGGCAAAGCUUGUCCGUUCUUGCAUUCGGAUGAGCCUCUGGCGGAGCGGGCCCCCUGCAAGUACUUCACCAAGGGAAACUGCAAGUUUGGUGCCAAAUGCGCCCUCGCCCAUAUUCUCCCAAACGGCCAUGUAGUCAAUCGCAACAAUCUCGGCGGCGGAGGCCAGUUUGGGCGUGUGCACCUUCCUCCUCACCCUGAUCCUGGUCCAGGAAGCUCUCUUCUCACCAUGCAGGCGCACAUGGCACCUAUGCAGCCAAACUACCCCUACCAGAUGCAGGACGAGUAUUUUGGAGCUCAGAAGUCACAAUACGACAUGAUUCCUACUAUCGACACCACCUUCUCCUCCCAUCCAGGUUCGCAAUACGGCUCACCUCCAAACGAAGGCGGACGUCUGCCAAUCUCUCCAGUCCAGAAAGGCCUUACGGUUAUGGACGUGCAGCUACCAGCAUCAUUUGACAGUCAGGGAAUCUCUCAUAUGGCCCGGUACGGCCCAAUUGCGUCGUCUGUGCCGGCCAAGUUCUUAGGCAGCUCACCACCAUCUUCCUAUCAAAACGAUUCACCUGCAGUCCGAAAUCUUCACAACUCCGCGUUUGGCGACGACUCGCGUAGCAGGGCUCUCGCUUCUUCUCCGCCGGAUUCGAUUGAGCAGCCGGUGGGAAGGCGCAUCAUGCACUCCGAAAUGGGUGCGUCAAGACCGAGAGGGAUGAAUUUCUCUGCGAGCGUUGGAGCACGGGCUCCGAUGACCAUUAACGACGAAUGGGAUGAUAGUGAGCUUAUCGGAAAAUUCGAGGAGGACAUGAUUCCUAGCUCUCUCCACGAGGACUUGUUUACAGAGCAAGAAAAGAGGCGCCACCUGUCUCGAGACCAUGGUGACAAUGACGGAAAUUCACUCUCGCAUCGGCAUUCGCUCUCAAGGCUAGGGGCUUCGCCAACCGCAUCUGAUGUGAAAGUCGGUUCGCCCUCAGCAGCCACUUCUUCUCCGUCUCGAUUUCAGUCACUUUGGGGCAAGUCUCGCCAGACGAACGAUGGUGGCGUCGAAUCUGGUUCGUUGCCGGGAGUCUCAGCGUUCGGCCAUGUGGGAUCUCCGCUCCGAAAUUCUAGCCUUCACCCCAGUGCAAGCCCAUCCAUGCGCGCCCGUGCUACAUCCGGAGAAUCCAGCCCGUUUGUCUCCUCCCCUCCACGACAGGCGUCCAUGAGCAUGAUCAGCCAACAGCUCCAACGUACCCGCCUCUCAUCACGUGCUUCGGAGGGCCCGGAAGCCGCCGGCCUUGGCAGUAAUCCUCUGCACCCUGGAAUCAAUCGCGUAACCUCCGGUUCGAGUAUCGUUAGUUCUAGCGGGAGGCUCGGCAUGGAUCGCGCCGUAAGCACUAGCAGCAUUGGCCGUGAAAGGAUCGAGGAAGAGCAGGGAUUGUUCAGUAUGGAAGAGGAAGAUGAGAUAGAGCGGGGUAAGAACAAAGAUGCGGCCUCUACAACUUCUACGACUUCGAGCAAUAAGCGAUUUAGUGGUUUGAGUUGGGGAAGUGGCGGGAAAGCGAGUCCAAGUUUGGCACCUAUUGGAGGACAUAGGGCGCAGGGUCCAGUGGGAACGAUGUCGGGUUUAGGAAAGGAGGCAGGGCCUUGGGGAAGUGCUUCGUGAAGGCAAUGAAAGAGGCAAGAUUGGGUGGUUAAACUUAAGACUCGGCGCAUCACUACUUCCUUGCGGACAACCGGAGAACAUCCAGCCUCGUCACUUGCUCUUGAACCUAU